UGAGUUUACUGUGUUACACUAACACCAUGUAUAGUGUGAAAAAAACUUGCAAACGAGAGAUCAUUCCAGCUGGGCAAGUUGAAGCUUAUCAAUUCCACCGUAUCCGAGUGAAACAAGCGACUCCAACUGUGGAUAUGGAUCCUCCCGAUGAGAGACUGCAUGUUUUCUUCGAUGCAAAAAAAUUACAGCUAGAACGUGAAAGACAGACACGAAUAGUUCGAGAUAAUUUUAUUUUGCUUCAGAAACUUCAGAACAUAAUGCAAGGGUCUUCAGUGAGAAAGCAGCCCCUUACGCAAGGGAAGUCCAAGUGUAUAAGAACUCGUUGAAUGACAAUAACUUUUACAAAUUAACGUAGCAGCUGCGAAUAAUGGUUUAUUUUGAAUACUGUAGCUCCUGUAGUACUUUAUAGAAACAUACAACAUUUUACAAUUUUAUAGUUACUUGUAUAAGAAAAUAUUCCACACCUUCAAAGCGAAAAAAAUUCAGUUCAAGAGGAUUAAAAACUAACCACAAUUUGGUUGAUUUUGUAUGAAAUCUGAUUCUUAUUUUUAAUUAAUCAUUAUUGAAUAUCAACAUGACUUUGUUGUUCUUCU